GGCUCUUCAAGAGGCUGUGGCUGGGGUCUUGUCCGUCCUUACACCCUCCUCUGUGACCUGGACUCCAUAUGGGGUGUGGCUGUUGAGUCAGUGGCGGCCGGCGGAGCUCUGGCUGCCAUCUUGCUAGCCCUUGUCCUGCUGUGCCGUUUACGCCACAUCAGUGAGGCAGAAAAGCGUAGCGGCGUGGGGCCGAUCCUCCUGCUGCUCUUCGGCAUCCUCGGCUUGUUCGGUCUGAGCUUUGCUUACCUUAUUGAGCAGGAUGAGUCUUUGUGCCUCCUCCGCAGGGCCUUGUGGGGUCUCCUUUUUGCUGUUUGCUUUUCCUGCCUGUUGGUACAGGGUGUCCGUCUGCGCAGGCUGGGCCGUGAGCGUCGGAGCCCAGGUGGCUGUGCCCUAACAGGCCUAGCGCUGGGUUUGAGUGCCGUGCAGGGGAUCAUCGCUGCUGAGUGGCUACUCCUGACAGUGCUGAGGGAGGGAAGAGCAGCCUGUCAGUACCUGCCUCUGGACUUUUCACUAGCCUGUAGCUACGUACUUGCCCUCCUAAUAGCUGCGCUGACUGCUGCCUCCCUGGCUUUGUGUGGGAAGACUCGUCAGUGGCGCUGCAAUGCCAUCUGGCUGCUGGUGACCUGCCUUCUAUCUCUGCUCCUGUGGGUGGCCUGGGUGGGUUUCUAUCUGUACGGCAACGCCUGGUUGGGAAGAUCCCCAGACUGGAAUGACCCGGCACUGGCAAUCGCUUUAGUGGCUCAGGGGUGGCUGCUGCUGAUCUUCCAUGCCAUUCCGGAAUCGCAUAUUUGCCUGAGACCCCCACCACAGCCCACUGCCCCGGAUUACUUUGACACUUCCCAGAACUCAACACGGAUGAGGGAGACGAGUUUUGAUGAAGAUAUCCCUCUCUCACACAGGCAGUUUGUGGAGAAUCAGGGCUAUGGAUACAACGAUGAGAACACUGCAGGCUUGAGGAGCGGUAGCGGUGCUGGACAACAUAACAGUAACACUGGUGCUCGACCCAGUGCUCCUUUCCGCAGUAAUGUCUACCAGCCCACCGAGAUGACCAUGAUCCUGAACGGGGGAGCGGUGAGUACAUCCUCCCAGUCACAGGUGCCCUCUGCCCCUCCAACCUACACGGGCCGACAGCUGUGGUGAGGGAGAGGCCUGGAAAGAGGAUGUGUGGCAGAAAAUGUAGAGAAGAAGAGGAUGGAGACGGCGAGGAGGGGUCUGAGAUGAAUGCCCUGCCUGGUUGGAAUAGACUUCUAAAAACAUGGAUGCCAACAAGGGCCCUUUCACUCUGUGUACAGACUUAAAACACUGACUGUGUGCCAAUCAACAACUGUUUGAGUGUGUGUGAGACUGAGAGACAGCAGGGUAUGGAGGACAGAGCUAAAACCCUCUAAAUCUCUUCUAGCACAUAAAUCUAUACAGAGGAGUUUUAAAAAUGUGCCCAGCAAGUAGCAACAAACAAAACAAACACUGACUCGGAUCUGAAUAUAGCGACAUGCGGUAUUCUUUUAAAUUUCUGUUUGUCCCCUUGAGACUGCAGCACUGUAAGCAUCCUUCAAAACUGUGAAAUCUAUCGCAUCUUUCCACUCUAUCUGUCCUGUCAGUCAGGAUGUCUUUUCUGGUGCUUCUCGCAAUGCUGGCACUCAAGUGGAAACAUUUGGCUCUGUCCUCCAUCCAUCCACAGUGUAGGUGAAGACAGAGCACAUGGGCAACUGUACAGCUCCAGCACCGCCCUCCAUAAAAGAAUCCAGCCUCUGUGGGUGUGUAUGUACAGUAUAUGAGAGAAAGUGAGCAUUUUCCCGACAUCUCAACUCUCCCACUUCGACAAACCUUCCCUCGCUUCAGUGUGUAAAAAUGGCCUGCUGGUUCCAUCCAUAAACACCACUUUUUCCUUCCCUCCUUGACCCUGUUUCCGGUUUGCAUUUCUCUGCAUCGCCUGUGAAUUUAACACGUAACUCCUCAACUCUUCUCACGUUGACUCAUCCGCCCACCUGCAUGGACACAAAUGCAAAAAUCUCACACAAACUGUGAAGCCUGAAUUGCGGUCGGAUGUGAACUUCAGAUGACCGCAGACUCAACGAAAGCAGCCUGCAGCACCUGAACAGAAGGAAUUAUAAGCUGCUAAUGAACGGUUGUUGGAUAAACCAUGGCGUAAAAGGGAUUCUGAUUGGAUGAGGAGGGCGUCAGUCAUCAGUGGGAGGCAGCGAUUUGUGAAUCUAGGUCAGACUGCUGUGCUCUCCCACAUCUCCGGUGGCCACUGGCGGUUUGAACCAGCCAGGAGAAACUGUCACUUUAUAUCAGCAGGAAACGGAGCGAGGAAAUGAAAUGGUCUCCUGUUCUUAGUUCCUCUGUCUGUGUUUUUGUGCGCAUAUAUGAGUGUUGUUAUUUUAUGAGUGUUGGGAAUUGACAGGAAGAUUCAGAGUCAAGGUUGCAUUCUGGUGCUAAAUGUCCCUCAUACUAUUGCUCCACACAAGUUUGUAGUGAUGCACAGAACUACAGGAACAACACUGACAACUGCUUAUUCAGAUACAGUAGUCCAGACUGUGAGUGGCAGACUAUAUAUAGAGCUGCGUCUGGUGUGUGGAGAUAUCCUAGAGCCUUAGGAAGAUCUGAUUUACUGUGCAAGGUUGAAAGAGGGAGAUCAAAUAGAAGCUCAUGCAAGGACUGGAGGAGGAAGAGGGGGAGAGGUGGGGAGAGGGAGGUAGGUUUAGAAGAGAGGAAGGAGAUAGCAGCGGAUGGUCCAAGGGGAGUCAAUGCGACGGUAAAAUCCCUGUGACUUCCUUCUGUCAGCCUCUGAUCUGUGGGAGAAAAUGGCUCCUCAGUGUGUGUUUGUGAACAAUGUGGGGGUGGCUGUGCUGCACGGCUCUAUGUGGUUGUCUUCUAUAUCUGGUGAAGUGUCUCUCCCUCUUCCUCUUCCUCCUCCUCCUCAUCCUCCUGUCUCUGUGGACAGCUAGCAGAAGUCCCUGUGCCAAGGACUCUUGUUUCAUUGGAGUCUCCAUUUCACGCCCUUUCCCCUCAUCAUCACACCAGCUCUCUCCAUUUCACUUGAGAAGCUGUGUACAUAGUAGUGCUGUAAAGCUUUACUUGCUUGUUUACCUUUUUUUUUUUUUUUUUUUUUUUUUAAACUGUAGACUGAGUUUAGACACCGGUGUCAUAUGACUCACUGGAGAACUGACUACUGCAAACUGUAUCUGGGAUUUUUUUUUUAACUGGUUUGCUUUGUGUUUAUACAUUUGCUUGUUGUAAUAUUAAGCUUUUAUUUUCUUCUGCUGGUGUCUUAUUUUUUUUAAUUAGCAUUUUUGAAAAUGUCUUGCCAACUCUAGAUAUGCUUUUUAUUUUUUUGUUUGAUACACGUUCAAGGCAAUUAUGAUUUGUAAUUUAUAGUCUUUGGUUAUACUUUUUCUGCAGCAUCUUGCUGAACUCAUUCAUAGUAUUUAGUCAAGACAAAUACUCUGACUGUCUUUGCCGUCUGCUGUCUACUCUUCUUUGCUCUAAUGCUGUAAUGGGGAUAAAAACAUGACAAUGAAAAUAGCUGUGAAUAUUUUUGGAACUUCAUGCCGUAAACAAUGACUUAUUCUAAUAUACAUUAAGGUUAAUUCUAAGAGGCGGAGGAGAGAGGGCUGAGGAAAAUAAGUUCGCCCCCAUCCAAACUCAUGUUGGUGAACCCUGGUCUUACAGCAACCUUCAACUAAGAAAAGACUCCAGAGGUAGACUUACAAGACUAAGGGUCAACCCUUGACUGCUGCUGUAUGUUUAUGUCUUACCCACUGGCUAUUCUAAAAUAGAACUGGUACCAGUAAGCCAGCUCCAUGUCCAAAGAGAGCUUGUCCUACUGCGCCAGGCUCUGUUUGGGCCGAUCCUGGCCUGAAUCACACUGUGGACCUGUGUGGCAAAGCCCAGGAAGAAGGAGGGUCUUCAGGGUUUUGGUUCUUCAGCUGUACUGAAAUAAAGCUGUGUAGAUUCCACACACAGAGCCGAUGGGGGGAGGUUUCAGUUCUUGUGAUGUUUUCACUCAAUGUCGAAUACAAAAAAAAAAUGAUAAUAACAUGUGACUUCGUAGAUUUUGCACUUGUCGACUACCUAUCUGUGCAUGCUUAUCACCAUUUCUACAUGUAAGACCUUUCUCAAACGUACUUUUGAAUACUAACUAUUUACGUAAAAGGUCAUGUGACAGCAAUCAUAAUUUCAGUGUAUAUCAAAUGACACACUUAAUGUCUGUGCUUUCUUAAACACAAAAGAGAGCUGGUUCUUGUGAAGCAAAAGAGAUUAAUGUCAGGGGAAAUGGUCCAAAAUAGUAUGAUUCCACAUAAAGGAACAAAUGCCAUCAUAAUUGGACCUAACAAUAACUUCCUCUGUUAGUGUGAUGACUCGAGGGGGGAAAAAAGAGAAUCUUCCAACUGGUUUUGUCUCUGUGUUUAAAUCAAAUAGACUGUGGUGAAAUUUGCACAAAACUUCUAUAUGUUAAGUUUGUCAUCCCUGGGCAGCCCGUUGAUCACCCAUCCUCCCUGGGUUUGACAUGUCCUUGCCUGUCCUCUCCUGAUUUGUCUUGCCUUCAGACUGUUCCACCAGGGCAGCUGACAGGGGUGAUAUUGGUUUUCACAGCUGUGACUGUGCAGUGACGCAGCAUGCCUAUGUAUAGAACUUGAUUCCUCUGAUUAGAAAAAGAAAAAAACACUUAACUCUUGUUUCUGUAACUGAUGCAGGAAAAAAAAGUUCAAUAAAAGUGUCAUGUUUGUAGCUAA